GAGAUUGAAUUUGCAAUGGCAUCAUUAGUCAUCACUAUUUGAGAUUUCUCUGACAAUAAAGGUCUUCGGUUAACCAGCAACACACCUACCGCCAUCACCUGCAACCAAGUCCACCUUUGCUUUAAAUCAUUGAUAAAUCAUCAAGAUCAAGUUUUUUUCGUAAUCCCUCCUCUCCCACUCCGCCAAAUUCCCGCAUUCCGCCGCAGUCAAGAAAUGGAGCACAACUCUCCGCCGCCAAUCCCUAGCCCAGUCUAUCUCCCAUCCACGGCCGCCGACCCCACCGAAUCAGCCCUCUUCGACUGGUCCGAUUUCCUGGAUUUCGACAUCGACGAAGCCAUCAACACCCCUUUCGCCAUUUCCGAGCCCGGGUCAGGGCUAGAGCAGGAGCCCGGAUCCGACCAAAGCCAGCAGUCGGAGAGCCUGGGCAGGGUCAGGAAACGGGACCCGAGAUUGCUGUGCCCCAAUUUCGUGGCGGGCGUGGUCCCGUGCGCGUGCCCCGAAUUGGACAAGAAAUUGGAGGAGGAAGAGGAAUCCGCUCUCCCGGGGAAGAAGCGGACCCGUGCGGUCCGGCCCCCCGCCGCCGGCCCGCUCCUUUGCCAGGUGCCGGGCUGCGAGGCCGACAUCAGUGAGCUCAAAGGCUAUCACAAGCGCCACCGCGUCUGCCUCCAGUGCGCUCACGCUGCCGUCGUGGUGCUCGAUGGGGAGAGCAAGAGAUACUGCCAGCAAUGUGGAAAGUUUCAUCUCUUGUCCAAUUUUGAUGAGGGUAAACGAAGUUGCCGGAGAAAAUUAGAAAAACACAAUGACAGACGUCGAAGAAAAUCUAAUGAGACCAGAGGAGGCACAGAUAAGGAACCUCAACAGGUUGUAUUGGUUGAUGAUGUCAAGGAAGAUGAUGAUGGAGGAAAAGAUGGCGCGAGUCCGAGCAGUCAGAUUGAAGAAAAGGAAAUAUUGUUGAAAUCGGAUGGACAUGUCUCGGCAGUAUCUUCUGAUCCAGAUUCCCAGGGUUUUCUGGGCGAGAGGGUUGCACCGUUUCCUGUACCCGGUGAAAUUCAUAUUAAUGGGCAUAAGCACAGUCCAAACUCUAAACGCGCCGCAUCUUACAGUGACAAUUUUUCCUCCGUGUGUCCAACUGGUCGAAUAUCCUUUAAGCUGUAUGACUGGAACCCUGCUGAGUUUCCUCGACGGCUGAGACUGCAAAUAUUUGAAUGGUUGGCUAGCAUGCCUGUUGAGUUGGAGGGGUAUAUCCGUCCAGGUUGUACAAUUUUGACAGCUUUCAUAGCAAUGCCAAAGCCAAUGUGGCUUAAGUUAUUGGAUAAACCUGCUUCAUGCAUAAAAGAUCUCAUUGGCUCGCCUGGGAGCAUGCUAUCUGGAAAAGGGACAAUGCUUGUUUAUGUCAAUGAUAUGAUAUUCCGUGUCACAAAAGAUGCACAUUCAGUAGUACCAGUCAGCAUAAAGGAUAAAUCUCCUAAGCUUCAUUAUAUCUACCCGACUUGCUUUGAGGCCGGCAGGCAGAUGGAGUUUGUAGCUUGUGGAAGUGACCUGCUCCAAGCUAAGUUUCGAUUUCUAGUUUCUUGUGAUGGACGGUACUUGGCGUACAAAAUUUGUGUCUCGUCUCUGUGCUGUAAGAAAGGAGAGACCAACUAUUUUAAUCAUCAACUGGUUAAAAUAUCUGUUCCUGAAACCGACAUGAAUCUCUCUGGGCCGGCAUUCAUUGAGGUCGAGAACCAGUCUGGUCUAUCAAACUUCAUUCCGAUCUUUUUUGGCGAUAAAGAAACUUGCGAAGAAAUGGAGAUCUUGCAACGAACCUUUGAUACCUCAACAUCCUCCCAAGAACAACCUGCGUCACUUUCAAGGCCUGAAUGCGGAGUCCUAGUGUCAAGACAAACACGUUUCUCGGGGUUUCUUUUAGAUUUAGGAUGGUCGUUGAAGAAACCAGUGUCAGGGAAAUCGUUGACAUCUUCAGACGCACAAAGAUUCAACUAUUUAUUAGACUUUCUGAUAGAGAAAGGGCCCUCUAUAAUUUUGGAAAGAGUAUUUCGCUCGUUGGAAUCUUCACUAGAUAAAACUGAUGUUGCUGAAGUAUCUGAUUCUGAUAUGAGGUCAUUACAGACAAAAAUGGGGAUUGUACGGCUUAUGCUUGAUCACAGAACACAGGAUAGAAGUUCUGCAACGACAUCUGCAUCGGAUGGAAAUGUUCAACAUCAAAGCAAAGAUGGUCGUUUCGUUGUGCAAGCUAGUGCUACUAAAACGGAAAAGCUAGACGACAUUCCCUCGGCCAGAGAGGCUUCAUCACUAGAUGCCGUUGCUGCAACAGCUCCUCUCAUCAACAAAGAGGUAGUCAUGAAUGUCAACAUUCAUUAUCGGCCACAAAAAUCACCCAGUCUCAUGUCAUCACGCACAUUUCUAACUUUGCGGCCCCUCAUGACGGCUGUUGCUGCCGUUUGCAUCUGUUUGGGAGUCUGUGUUGCCCUCUUACACCCUCAAAAGGUCGACCAGAUCGCCACUACUAUCAGGAGGUGCUUGUUCGACAACCCCUAAAUAGGUAUGGCCGUCUGUCUUGGCUACUCUGUAGUCGAAUGUACAGCACGUUGCACGUGGAUCUUGACUGUGCAUCUUGCCAUAGCCUUGAAGAUAGUUGUAAUCUUAGGGUUAUUUGUAACUCAGUUGGUCAUGAUAAUGGUGUACCUUGUGAACUUUCUUCUUGUAAGGUUUUUGCCAAGCUAAUUCAGUAUUCCUUUGCUGUGCGAUUUCUCA